AGGGGGUGUCGGCGCACCGCGGGGUGCUGUGCUCCAAGAGCCUGGCACUCGGAGCUGCCACUUCCCCCUCCCCCAGCCAAGACAGCUGUAAGCCCCUUCUCAUCCCUCCUGCCCGGGCGGGGCGAGGAGGGUUCAGCUGCCCCAGGCGGGCGGGGCGGAGCCUGGAGCCCCACCGAGCGAGCGCUGCGGAGCGAUCCUCACCUCCCUUCAAGGGCUCAAGUGUGAGUGACUGCCUCAUGUUGUGUUGAUGCCAGUCUGCCAUGCUAGCCUGUCUACCAGGGCCAGGUGACCUGUCCUUUCAGCUUCUUCCUCACACGCAGAUGAACACUGGACUUCAGAAAUGGGACACUACACAGAAAAUGAGAGCUGCUCACUAUCCUACCCCAGCCGAAUUGGACGCGUAUGCUAAGAAGGUCGCAAACAACCCACUGACUAUAAAAAUCUUCCCCAACAGUGUGAAGGUUCCCCAGCGGAAACACGUUCGUCGUACUGUGAACGGCCUCGACACAUCAGCCCAGCGCUACAGCCCCUACCCGACUCAGGCAGCCACCAAGGCAGGCCUGCUUGCCAUUGUCAAAGUGCCAGCCAAAAGCAUACUCAAGGACUUUGACGGCACCCGAGCCCGAUUGCUCCCUGAGGCCAUCAUGAACCCCCCAGUGGCGCCCUAUGCUACUGUGGCACCCAGCACUUUAGCCCACCCCCAGGCCCAGGCUCUGGCCCGCCAGCAGGCCCUGCAGCAUGCACAGACCCUGGCCCAUGCCCCUCCCCAGACGCUGCAGCACCCUCAGGGUAUCCCGCCACCCCAGGCGCUGUCCCACCCUCAGAGCCUCCAGCAGCCUCAGGGCCUGGGCCACCCUCAGCCCAUGGCCCAAACCCAGGGCUUGGUCCACCCUCAGGCCCUGUCUCACCAGGGUCUCCAGCACCCCCCCAAUCCCUUGCUGCAUGGAGGCCGGAAGAUGCCAGACUCAGAUGCCCCCCCGAAUGUGACCGUGUCUACCUCAACUAUCCCCCUUUCAAUGGCGGCCACCCUGCAGCACAGCCAGCCCCCGGACCUGAGCAGCAUCGUGCACCAGAUCAACCAGUUUUGCCAGACGAGGGCAGGCAUCAGCACUACCUCAGUGUGUGAGGGCCAGAUCGCCAACCCCAGCCCCAUUAGUCGCAGUCUGCUCAUCAAUGCAAGCACCCGGGUGUCGACCCACAGCGUCCCCACGCCAAUGCCUUCAUGUGUGGUCAAUCCCAUGGAGCACACCCACGCGGCCACAGCCGCGUUGCCUGCCGCAGGCCCUGUCAACCUGCCCACGGGCAUUUCUCGAGCCCCUGCUGGCUACCCUAGCGACCUCAAGCCAGUCGCCUGGAACCAGCACCAGCUGGCCCACCUACAGCAGAUGUGCAGUGAGGCCGGUGGGACGCCGGCCCCUGGCCUGACAGGCAAGCACGCAGCAGGACGCGAGUUGGCAGGGCCUGGCUUUGUGGGCAAGGCCCCUGCCUACCCGCAGGAACUCUGCCUGGCACAGUCCUUCCAUCUGAAGCCACCCCUGGAGAAGCCAACCCCAUCCCCACCUGUCAACGGCCUGGCGGCCCCACUGGCCUACCCCAAUGGUCACUACUUCCAACCCCUGUGGAACAACAUUCUGCCCACUCCCAAUAGCGACAGCUCGGGGUCUCAGGACCUCGCCAUGCCGUUCCACGGUGGGCAGCCCACGGGUGCACCCCUUGACUGUGGGACGGCUGCUGGGGCCCACUACCGAGCAGGGGCCGGGGGCGGUCCAGUGGCAACCCAGAACAGCUUGAUGCAAACAGUGGAUUACCUAAGCGGGGAUUUCCAGCAGGCCUGCUUUCGAGAACAGAGCCUGGCUAUGCUGAGCAAGGCCCACCGAGCCCCUGGCAACCGAGCCCCUGAUCCCGCAGAUAGUCGAAAUCUUCAUAUUCAGCACCCUGGGUAUAGAUAGGUAGCCCCGGUGCCCUCCACAAGCUACACGUCAUACAUCACCCUCCUAGGUUUAGACUUACUUUUGAGUAAUUGGAUAGUUUCAGAGUUUCACUGCUCUAAUGUGAUCAUUCUUAGAGGUCUAAGAAAGGGAAUUUGGUGGGAUCUAUUUGAGGACAGCGGGGGAUCCCCUGGUGCCCUCACCCUCCCCUCCACCAUCCCCAGCAACUUCUGGGUUUAUGUUAGGACCUAAUCCCAACUCCAAGCUUUUGUCUCUACUGCCUAUCAGUCCCUCCACCUUGACCAUUUCCCCCCAGCCACCUCCUGCCUUUUCUUGCAUCUCUGCCCGUUUUCCUUAGGACUGAGGUGUGGGGUAAGGAAGGGCCCUAGAUGAGGUGGCCGUAGGUACCCAGCCCCUUAAGCUAGGACUUUCCCUGUCUGCCUCUGUCUCUUUGGGACUAAGAACCCAGACUUCCCAAGUGCUCUGGAAGUUAAUUCCUUCUUCACCCAAAGAUCUCAAAACUGACCCAAUCUUCACCUCCUCCCACCCCUCUCCAUUCCUCAGGGCUUUGUUUAAAUCUGGAUUCCAGAGUCACUGCAUUUGCCCUUGCUACAUUCAAGGGCACCCUGUAGGCACUUGGCCAUAGCCUUGAGACCUGGGGGAAAAAUGCGUCUUUGUGUCGGUAUCUUAGUUCCUGACACCCCUUUCCAGCCCUAGAGAAAGGUAGUAACUGUCCAGCACACCCAAGAUCCCUUUCUCACUGUUUCUCCCAACUCACCUGCUGCUCCCAUCCCCCACACCCCUCCAAAAACACAAGCAAAACAAAAUAGGAUCUUGAGGAAUUAGGUAGGUAAAGAAAGGAUGAUCACAUUGGAGUUCGGAAUUAAAAACACCAAAAAAAAAAAAAAAAAGUUAAAAUGCAUUUGGUUCUCUACACUGGCUAAGAAUAUUGCUCUACACUGUAAGUUUUAAAUGUCCUGUUUCUGUAUGAAUGUAGUGUGGGUUUGAGUAGCGUUGUGUGAGCGGCCCCACAGGUACAUUCACCCUCUAGUCACCUCCUUUUGCAGCCCCUCAGUAUAAUGAAGAAAGAAAGAAAAAAAAAAAAAACACAAAGCCUUAAGCUCUUUGAAUUCUUCCUUUACCAAAUGAGCAUGGUUCUAACAGCUGGAGGCGGACCUACAUUGGAAGCAGCCCCUCCUGCCCGCGCCCAUCUGUCACGUGCCCAUCCUCCUCCACCCCACGCUCAACGUGUUUCAUUCCCAAGUGGCAAUUAGUUGGCUAGAAAUUUAAAACUUUUCUGUAACUUUAAAUUUAGAUCAUGUUUUGUAAUUUUUUGCACCCUUCUGUUAAAGUUGGGCUCUGCCUUUUUUUUUUUUUUUUUUUUUUUUUUUUUUAAACCAAAUAAGCCCUUACCUUUCCUCUUGUCUCUGGGGAAUGUGAGCUGAUGUUCUUAUUUAAGAUUUGGGGUUUUGUUUACUAUACUAUCCACUGUUCUUUAGCCAGAAAUUCUCUAGUGAUCUGAAGCAAUGUGACUGAAGACCAGUUUUUAAAUUAUGUGUUGGCAAGUUGCCUUAUAUUUAAAAAGAGAAAAAAAAAGAAAAAGAAAAAAAAAAAAUGCCUGAUUGUGUUAUGCCAAAUGAUAGCAACGUGAAGUCCUAAUUUAUUUUCCUGCCGUCUGUGAACACUGGUACCUCCCUGUCCCUGAGCCCUCAGGAGCACCUGCAGCUUCUGGCGCGGCGCCUUCUCCCAAGGCUUCACCGCCACCGUCUCACCCAGGGUCCCUUCCGGUUCUCACUUUCUCUGAGAGAACCCCACCGUCCCCCCUUAUCCCUUGCUUGAUCUCCAAACCAGAUAUUUUUGCUGUGAGUUUUUCCAAUGCCUCUCCCCAAAAGGUGAGCUGCUAUCUUAGGAAAUGGGACCGGACACCAACUUGGGGGCUUUAAAUCAAACCUCAAACCCUCAAAUCUCUUCCUGUGUAGGGGUGCAAAUCUCUGAAGCUCUCACUCCCACCCCUAGUCUGCAUGGAAAAAUGUACUGUGGCCCCUCUUUCCCCCCACCCCCCACUGCCCUUGCCUUUGGUGUGAGAUGUUUCCUAGUUCACCCUGAGCCUCUCUCCCCCCUCUGCCAGCCAACCCCCAACCAGCAAUAAGGGUCCAAGCCAGGGCCUCCUAUCCACACUCCCUGCCUCCAUCCCACGCUGCCCCUAGGGAAUACCUCGGAUUCCCUACACUGUCCACAUACUGUAGCAUUCAUUCUCCAUCUCCCUCAUCUGCUCACCUGUGGUGGUUUAUGGGUGUGAUGGGGUUUUUAAGAUUAUUAUAAACCAGUAAAAAGAAAAAACUCA